UCGUCACCAUCCCUGUCAUCCUCAUCUAGCCUGACAAGCAUCGAUACGUAGCCAGCAUGCCAUCCGCAAACGACGCAGAGGGACAGCAGUUCCAGCAGGACGUCCAGGCCGUAGAGCAGUGGUGGAAGUCACCACGCUUCGCUCGCACUAAGCGCCCCUUUACCGCUGCCGACGUCGUCUCGAAGCGCGGUACCAUUCCCCUCCACUACCCCUCGAACCAGCAGGCCAAGAAGCUUUGGGCCACCCUCGAGGGCCACGCCCGCAAUGGCACUACCUCUCACACCUACGGUGCCCUCGACCCUGUUCAGGUGACGCAGAUGGCCAAGUACCUCGAGACCGUCUACGUCUCUGGCUGGCAGUCGUCGUCGACGGCCUCGAGCACCAACGAGCCCGGACCGGAUCUCGCAGACUACCCCUACAACACUGUCCCCCUCAAGGUCGAGCACCUUUUCAUGGCUCAGCUCUUCCACGACCGCAAGCAGCGCGAGGCUCGUACUCGCAUGACACCCGAGGAGCGAUCCAAGAACGCACCCGUCGACUACCUUCGCCCCAUCGUCGCUGACGCCGACACGGGACACGGCGGUCUUACGGCUGUCAUGAAGCUCACUAAGCUCUUUGUCGAGAAGGGAGCCGCUGGUAUUCACAUUGAGGACCAGGCUCCUGGCACGAAGAAGUGCGGUCACAUGGCAGGCAAGGUGCUCGUGCCCAUCUCUGAGCACAUUAAUCGCCUUGUCGCCAUUCGCUUCCAGUACGAUGUCAUGGGUGUCGAGAACCUCGUCGUUGCCCGUACCGACUCUGAGGCCGCUACCCUCAUCACCUCUAACGUCGACGAGCGCGACCAUGCCUUCAUCUUGGGCUCCACCAACCCCGACCUCGAGCCCCUCGUAUCCGUUAUGACCCGCGCCGAGCGCGAGGGAAAGAAUGGUGAUGCUCUUGCUGCCAUCGAGAGCGACUGGACCGCCAAGGCUAAGCUGCGCCUCUUCACCGACGCCGUGGCUGACAAGCUGCGCGAGAAGGGCGGCAACGUCCAGGCUUUCCUCAACGAAGCGGCCAACAAGUCCAACCACGUCGCUCGCCAAAUCGCCAAGAAGCACGGCGUCGACGCCUCAUCUGGCUUCUUCUGGGACUGGGACCACCCGCGCACGCGCGAGGGCUACUACCAGUAUCAGGGUGGAACACAAUGCGCCGUCAACCGUGCCGUUGCAUUUGCCCCGCACGCCGACCUCAUCUGGAUGGAGACCAAGAGCCCCAUCCUUGCCCAGGCCAAGGAGUUCGCAGAGGGCGUGCGCAAGCAAGUCCCCGGCCAGUGGCUCGCGUACAAUCUGUCCCCGUCGUUCAACUGGGACGCCGCCAAGCUGAGCGAGGAGCAGAUGAAGAGCUACGUCUGGGACCUGGCCAAGCUGGGCUUCGUCUGGCAGUUCAUCACACUCGCCGGUCUGCACAGCAAUGCGCUCAUCUCCGAUCAGUUCGCACGAGCGUUUGCCACCGAGGGAAUGAAGGCGUACGUCGGCGUCAUUCAGCGAAAGGAGAGGGACAUUGGCUGCGACGUCCUCACCCACCAGACCUGGUCCGGCGCCAACUACGUCGAUGCACUCCUCAAGACCGUCACAGGAGGCGUAAGCUCGACCGCUUCUAUGGGUGGCUACAACUCGGAGUCGCAGUUUGCGAAGAAGUAGAGGAUGAGGAGAGGAGAAGGAAGAAGGUGUUAGAGCCUUAGUCGUGGGCUGCAGCGCGUGACGGGCGGUGGUCGCGAUAGGGCGAUUCUUCCGUCCGCCAGGCUCGUCUGUGUGACUCAUACUUAUUUCGAUCCAAUAGCUACACAUGAUAUCUG